AUGAUAUGGUACUAUAAUUUUCCACCCAACGCCAUUGAUUCUUUUACCAUGCUCGCAGAUUCCUUCGUUAAAGCAUACGUCAGAGCCAUAAAGGUCGAGAUUAGGAAGUCGAAACUCUUCAAGGUAAAGCAGGAAGAUAACGAGAUUCUUAGGGAGUUUGUGUCUCGGUUCCAGAUGGAAUGCAUGUAUCUACCUCCAGUUGCCGAUGAUUGGGCCGUUCAGGCCUUCACUCAAGGAUUAAACGUACGAAGCUCGGUGAACUCACAACAACUAAAGCAGAACUUGAUCAAAUACCCAGCUGUCACCUGGGCCGAUGUGCAUAAUCGGAGAAAUGAUCGAGGUCAGAGCUCUCGAGGGCUCAUGAGCAAGAGUGGUUUCGACAGGAAUGUCGAGCCCAAUGAGGCACCACGGCUGUUAGAGUAUAACUUCAACGUUGAUGCGUCAGCUAUCGUAUCAUCUAUCGGGCGCAUCAAAGACAAUAGGUGGCCUCGACCUCUGCAGACCGAUCCGGUCCAGAGAAAUCUUAAUCAAAUGUGCAAAUACCAUGGAACACAUGGCCAUAAAACAGAAGAUUGUAGACAACUAAGGGAGAAAGUAGCCCGGUUGUUCAACGAGGGACACCUUCGGGAAUUCUUAAGCGAUCGAGCUAAGAACCACUUCAGAAACAGAGAUUCUAACAAACAGAACGAGCAAGAUGAGCCACAACACGUGAUCUACAUGAUUGUUGGAGGGGUCGAUAUUCCUCAAAGACCCGUAUUUAAUCUCACCAAGGUGUCGAUCACAAGGGAAAAAUGGACUCGGGAUUAUGUACUAGAAGGUACCAUGUCUUUCAAUGACGAGGAUGCAAAUGGGAUCUUACAACCCCAUAACAACGCUUUGGUUAACGAGACCUUUGAAGUCCGAGAAGAUCAAAUGCAGAGAUACUUGGAUAAGCUACAGUUUGACCCGGGAUUGGAGAAACAAAUACGUAGAGUAUUUAAAGAAUGGGAAACUCUUAUUAGACCCAAAAGAGUCGAGAGCUUUGCGCACAAAGGCAGCACGAUUCACCCUAUACGAAGAUGGAACGUUGUUCAAAAGGAUGUUCGAUGGUCCAUUAGCGAUAUGUCUGGGACCGGGAGAUACCGAAUACGUCCUAAGGGAGGUCCACGAGGGCACUUGCGGGAACCAUUUUGGUGCCGAAUCAUUGGUCCACAAAGUGAUCAGAGCCGGAUACUACUGGAUCGACAUGGAUAA